AUGUCAUCUGAACCCCCAAGGAGCGACCAAAUUGAGGCUACAGCCAAGUUGCAGGUUACUGAGCUUCUGAAGUUGAAUGAGUUAAGUCAUAUGGCUGAGCAAUGCUUAGGGCCUGGGAUUCCUGUGAAUUUUGGUGAAUUGAAGUCUUUGACUGUGAUGAUAUCUGGAUUGGCACAAAAUGGUUUUGGUGAAGAAGGUCUGAAGCUAUUCAAUCGUAUAAAGUCAGAGGGCUUUGAGCCAUGUGAUUAUGCACUUGCAAGGGCAAUUAUUGAUUGUGCUUGGUUUGCAACAUUGAUGCAUGGACGGCAGCUCCCUGCUCAGUUUGUCCGGCUAGGUUUUGACUCAAGCCUUUCAGCAGGAAAUGCACUGAUGACAAUGUAUGCAAAAUGUGGUGUUGUUGAGGCUGCCCACUGUGUUCUCAUAACAAUGCCUUGUUUGGAUUCAGUAUCUUGGAAUGCCAUGAUUGCAGCUCUGAGUCAACAUGGACAUGAUGCUUAA